UGAUUUAAACUCUAUUUGGUUUCUUCAUCUACUUUUCAGCACUUUCAGACCAUGCUGAAGUCUAAACUGAAUGUCCUCACCCUGAAGAAGGAGCCUCUCCCAGCAGUCAUCUUCCAUGAGCCGGAGGCCAUCGAGCUGUGCACCACCACGCCGCUGAUGAAGACUCGGACCCACAGUGGCUGCAAGGUUACCUAUCUGGGUAAAGUUUCUACCACAGGCAUGCAGUUUUUGUCUGGCUGUACAGAAAAGCCAGUCAUUGAGCUCUGGAAGAAGCACACACUAGCCCGAGAAGACGUCUUCCCAGCCAAUGCUCUCCUGGAAAUCCGCCCCUUCCAAGUGUGGCUCCAUCACCUCGACCACAAAGGUGAGGCCACUGUCCACAUGGAUACAUUUCAGGUGGCCCGUAUUGCCUACUGCACAGCCGACCACACCGUGAGCCCCAACAUCUUCGCCUGGGUGUACAGGGAGAUUAACGAUGACCUAUCAUACCAGAUGGACUGCCACGCUGUCGAGUGUGAGAGCAAGCUCGAGGCCAAGAAGCUGGCCCAUGCCAUGAUGGAGGCCUUCAAGAAGACUUUCCAUAGUAUGAAGAGUGAUGGCCGGAUCCACAGGAACAGCUCCUCCAAAGAGGUGUCCCAGGAAUUGGAAUCUGAUGAUGGCUGAAUGAACUUAAGGUGCUUCAGUGGAGGCAGCAUUGGUCAAGGAAUUCAAGAUGAUAGAUGAGUAAUCAAUCAAUGAUUCAAAUUUGUGAUGAAAAGACUGCCAAACCCUUGGCUGACGCUUUUUAAAUACAGAAGAGCAAUUCUAAAUCUAAAGAAAUGUAUCAUUAAUUACGUUGCAUUGAAACCUGCUGCUGCUGUGACUGUGAGGAGGGUGGGCUUGUGGAUGGGGAGGAAGGUUCUAGAUGCUCUUCUUCUUUUUUUCCUUAUUUCCCAGUGUCUCCUUGUGGGAAAUCUCCAUGCCUACUUUCACCAUGCUCAGGCAAAUACUCUAUGGCUGCCAUUUGAUGAAUUGCUCCAAUUUGCCUUAUGAAACCCAGCAAGAAUGUUAGAUGCA